GCCUCGGUAUCAGGAAGUGGCCCAGCCCUUUCCUUCCUGUGUUUUUGUUUCCUCCGCCAAAUGUGACCCAUUUCUACACAUUUUAGCUCAAAAACACAAGAUGUCUCGGACGGGGCAGCUCAUCCCCAGCCAGCAGAAGCUGGCGGAGAAGCUGACGGUGCUGAACGAUCGGGCCAUGGGCAUGCUGACGAGGAUAUACAACAUCAAAAAGGCCUGUGGAGAUGUGAAGUCCAAACCUGCCUUCCUCUCAGACAAGAACCUGGAGGGAGCCAUCAAGUUCAUUGUCAGGAAGUUCCCACAUGUCGACUCCAAGAACAACUAUUGGACAAUGCCUUUUGUGCAGUCCCAGCUGCAGCAGGUCAACAACAUCAAGGGAGAGAUCAUGAAGCAGCUCUCACUCUACUACUUCACUUUCGUGGACGUUAUGGACUUCAAGGACCAUGUCAGUGAGCUGCUCACAACAAUGGAUGCCUGUAAUGUUCAUUUUGACAUUACGACCAACUAUGACCUUACAAAGGGUUACCUGGACCUGAUCAUCUCGUACGUGUCUCUGAUGCUCCUACUGGCGCGGAUAGAUGACAGGAAGGCAGUGCUGGGACUGUACAACUAUGCACAUGACCUGACACAUGGCAAAGUGGAUCAGAACUUUGCCCGUUUAGGCCAGAUGAUCCUGGACUAUGAACAGCCAUUGAAGAAGUUACAGGAGGAAUUCACACCUCACAGCAAGCUGGUGGCCUGUGCCCUGUUGUCCCUACACCAAGUGUACCCUCGGCGGAACCUGCCUGCUGAACAGUGGAGACAGGCCCAGAUGCUGAGUCUGGUCAGCGCUCCAGGACAGAUGCUCAACCCUGCACAGAGUGAGACGAUGCCCUGUGAGUACCUGUCAGUGGAGACCAUGGAGAAAUGGAUCAUCUUUGGAUUCUUGCUAUGCCAUGGACAGCUGACCCAGUCAGACUCUGCUGUUCAGCUGUGGCGACUGGCGCUGUCCGGGAACUACGUCAUCACGCUGUUCCGCGACGAGGUGCUGUACAUUCACAAGACUGUGGAGGGGGUGUUCGAGGGGAUCAAGGGGUACGGCAAGCGUGUAACUGAAACAAAGGAGUGUGCCAAUUAUGCUGUUGUUAACGCGGGUCCGUUUCACCGAGAGAGAAGAGCAUUCCUGCGUACAGCUCUGAAGGAGCUAGUGAUGAUUCUGGCUGACCAGCCUGGUUUACUGGGGCCCAAGGCUUUGUUUGUGUUUAUGGGUCUGUCGUUUGCUCGAGACGAGGUACUCUGGCUACUGAGACACUCAGAAAACCCUGCGCCCAAACUCAACAAGCGGCCCAACCCUGUGGAUUAUGAAGACAGACAACUGCCAGAGUUGCUGUACUACAUGGAAGAGUUGCGGGGACUUUUGCGGAAGUACAACCAGGUCAUGCAGCGGUACUACGUACAGUACCUGAACGGGUUUGACUCCAUCGUGCUCAACAACCUAGUCCAGAACGGAUUGCACCAGCCUCGCUUGCGUGCGAGAGAAAGUUUCAACAGCAAACGAAACCCCACGUGUCAGGAGGACUGGAAUCUGUCGGUGUGUCCAGAGGAUGAGUCUAUCAUCAUGUCAUCUUUUGUCAACACUAUGAAUGGCCUGUCUGUCAAACAAGUUGAGGAGGGGGAGAUAUUUGACUUCCGAGGGAUGAGGCUGGACUGGUUCAGACUACAGGCCUACACCAGUGUUAGUCGAGCCCAGCUGGUUUUGAGAGAGAACCCUGACCUAGCACGACUCAUGAACACCAUCACGUUCCACACAUACAUGGUGGACAGUCUGGAUGAGAUGGCUAAGGAGACAUCUGACCUCUCCACCUUCUGUUUCUAUGGCCGUCUGUUUGAGCAGUACUUCCAGUGGUGCCUGGAGACACCGUCCCAGAUGCGCUACUCCAUCAGCUUCCCACUCAUCUGUUCCCACUUCAUGAACUGCACCCACGAGAUCUGUCCAGAGGAGAAACCAAUGCUGUCAUACAAGCAAAAUCGACACCAUAUUGGGGACCGUAGCCUGUCACAGGCCAACUUCUUCCUGGAUGAGAUGGCAAAGGAGGCCAAGAACAUCAUCACCUCUAUCUGUGAUGAACAGUGCAAGCUUGGGGACCAGCUGUUGCCCAAGAAUGCUGCCAAGACCAUCAGUAUUGCCAUUGAGAGGAAGAGAAACCAGAACAAAGCCAAGAAGCUCCCGCAGGAACCUGACAAACCUGGGAGGGAGAGCAUGCGCCGCUCUCGCACUGAUGUCACAAGCAUGGACAAGCUGUACCUGAUGCUGACAGAGCUGUGUUCUGCCAUCAACUACACCCCGUCCAUCCAGGUGUGGGAACACACCUUCGCUCCCAGGGAGUACCUGACUCAACACUUGGAGUCCAGGUUCACAAAAGCCCUUGUAGGGAUGGUGAUGUACAACCCUGACUCUGGGGAGAUUGCCAAGCCUUCAGAACUACUCAACAGUGUGGAGGCCUACAUGGGGGUACUGCAGACCAUAGAGAAUUAUGUUCACCUAGACAUCACCAGGGUGUUCAACAACGUGUUACUCCAACAGACUCAGCCCCAGGACAGCCAUGGAGACAAGACCAUCACAGCUCUCUACACUAACUGGUACUUGGAGGUAUUGCUGAGAAGAGUGAGUACAGGACAGAUCAUGUUCUCACCCAACAGACAUGCCUUUGUCAAUGUCGGUGUGGAUCCCAAUCAAGUGGCCGUAAAUGCUGAGGAGUUCCCAGAUAUCAGUGAACUGCGAUCCCUUGCUGAACUGUUGGGGCCUUAUGGAAUGAAGUUCCUGAAUGAGAGUUUGAUGUGGCACAUCUCCAGCCAGGUGGCAGAACUCAAGAAACUGGUGACUCAGAACAAGGUUGUGUUGACCACCUUGAGGACCCACUUUGACAAGCCAGCAUUGAUGGCAGAGCACUUCAACAGACUCAGAGAUGUUGACAACGUGCUGAAGAGAGUCACUAUUGUUGGAGUCAUCCUUUCCUUCAAGACACUGGCUCAAGAUGCUCUGAAUGAUGUGCUGAAGAAACGCAUCCCAUUCCUGAUGAGCUCCAUCAUCGACUUCCAGAAACACUUCCCUGAGACACCUGAGAACAACAUGGUUCGUGUUGAGAUAGUGAAUGAGAUGGCAUCGGCAGCUGGCCUCCCUUGUGACGUGGACCCAGCAUUGUGUGCUGCUCUCAGAGUACAGAAAUCUGAGAAUCCAGAUGAGGACUACAAGAUAGCCUGUCUGCUGAUGGUGUUCAUUGCAGUCUCCUUACCGAUGCUGUCACUAGACUCCCAGUCUUCCUUCAGAGCAGACCUGGAAGGACAUACAAACAACAUCCACUGCCUGGCCAAGGCUGUUAACAGUAUUGCUGCAGCCAUGUUUACUAUAUAUGGGAAAGGCAGGGUGACCAUUGAGGAAAGGCUGAAAGAGUUCCUGGCUCUGGCCUCCUCCAGCCUGCUGAAGUUGGGACAGGAAACCGACAAGUUGGCCCUGCGGUCCCGCGAGUCAGUCUACCUGCUUCUGGACCAGAUUGUGAGGGAGUCCCCGUUCCUGACCAUGGACCUGUUGGAGUCCUGUUUCCCCUACGCUCUCCUGCGGAACUCCUACCACGCAGUGCUGAGACACGACAACCGGAUGUAACGUAACGGACGCAGUCU